GGGAGGGAGAGGGGAGCAAGGGGAUAGAGACAGGCAGAGAGGUAGCAGCAGAUGGAUUGCUGCACAGCCCGCAACAUACUUACCGAGGACAGACUGUAUGUGUGACAGCGCGUGUGUGCAUGUACGCUGUCACAGAGGAGCACGGUUGUGAAUGAGUAUUUCAUGUUGUGUGGAAGUGGAUGCAAGGAGCAGUAAUUCUCUUGAAGGGGUGGGGGGAACGAGGGAUACAGACAAGUGAAGAGUCAACACUUUCGCUCUUCACACUUGGACUACUUUCAGGGCAGGUGCAACACCAACAAACCACUUUAGUAAGCCAAUCACCAAUGAACGUGACAGAAGAGUCUCCGUAAAUGCUACAGACUGAGGCGGGACAUAUUCUGUGUUUGCUUGUGUUUUUUAAACAUUUUUCUUUGUUUUUUUCGCCUGAGCGGAGGACAGUGUCUUUACCAAAGGUAGAGUAGUCUGGAUAGCUUUGGGAGUGCAGACAGAGGGAUCCUCUAUGGUGAAAAUGAGUCUGGAGCCUGUGCAGGUGAUGAGCGGACAGGUCGCCGAGCUCAAAGUUGCCCCUUCGUCCAACGGCGACAGCGCAGGAUCGUGGGAGGGGAAAAGAGAGUUUGACAAAGACCACCUGGGCCUCACUGCCAAGCCAAAGCCAGUGACAGGGAGACGAGCCCGGAAGGUGGAGGGAGGCGUGUUCUUCCCGAAGCCAGAGAACGCAGUGACCGUAGCUGUUUCCUCUCGGGUCCUGUUCCGGACUGAGCGGGAGCAAAAGGUGUUUGAGCAGCAAGGUGUGGAGGAAUAUCUGAGAUACCAAAUUGAACAUGAGAACGAACCCUUUGCUCCUGGGCCUGCUUUCCCCUUUGUCAAGGCUCUGGAGACGGUUAACGCUCGUCUGCGAGAGCUGUACCCCCAAAGUGAAGAACUGUUCGACAUCGUUUUAGUAACAUAUAACCAUGCCCACGUUGGAAUCCGGCUCAUCAACACCAUCAACCACCACAACUUGUUCAUUGAGAGGUUUUGUAUGACGGGGGGGAGCAGUCCUAUUGGCUACCUGAAGGCCUGGCAAACCAACCUCUACUUGUCUGCUGAUGCCAACAAGGUUAGGGAGGCGCUGACUGAAGGCAUCGCAGCAGCCACAAUGUUCAUGCCGGAGAAGAUGACAGAGGUAUCCGAGUCCCAGCUAAGAGUGGCAUUUGAUGGCGAUGCUGUCCUCUUCUCAGAUGAGUCAGAACGCAUCUUCAAGGCCCAUGGGCUGGACAAAUUCUUCGAACAUGAGAAGGAAAAUGAGGACAGGCUACUGGACCAUGGUCCCCUGAAGGGCUUCCUAGAGGCACUGGGGAAGCUCCAGAAAAAGUUUUACGCUAAAGGCCAGCGUCUGGACUGCCCUAUCCGCACCUACCUGGUCACAGCUCGUAGUGCAGCAAGUUCUGGGAUUCGGGCUCUCAAGACACUUCGGGCCUGGGGGCUGGAGAUCGAUGAGGCCUUGUUCCUUGCAGGAGCACCAAAGGGCCCUAUGCUUGAGAAGAUAAGGCCACACAUCUACUUCGAUGAUCAAAUGUUUCACAUAGAGGGAGCGGCAGAGAUGGGUACCAUCGCUGCACAUGUUCCCUAUGGCAUUGCACAGAAACAUAACUCCAAGCACAACACCAGCGCAGGGAAGUAGACAAAAGGACUUUGGAUGUUGGUGACCAGGUAGAGGGAGGGGAUAUUAUCUUAGGACAAAACAAAAAGUUGUUAAAGUAAAAUUCAGAUGAUGAACUUUUUCUAUUUUUUAACUGUAUGGAAGUACAUGUUUGCUUGACCACAGUAUCUACUGCCUCGGCUUAGUGCUACUACUUUAGGAGUCAGAUAAGAAAUCUGGAUAAAGGUCAACAACAGGUCUGGAACCUGAGAUGACCCAAUAACCAAGGUGUCCAAAAACAAGUGUUUCAUUAAAUCAUGCUUUGGUUCUUGACUAAGUAUUUCUCUUACUACUCCUUGUCUUCAUAGCGAAGACCAGGAGUGAACAACUGAAUUGUUUAUAUAUGUGUAACAGUGCACUGAAUGUUAAUAAAUGAACUGUGAGCACAAUGCAGAGAUAUUAUAUUGUUAACCAUUAUGGUGAUGUACUAUAGCAUGAAAGUAAUAAUUUAAAGUUUUGUCAAACAUUUUAUAGUUUGAUUACACACAAAUGUAAAAAGAUUAGGAUGCAGCUGUACAAAAUGUCUUGUAUAUUACUGAAGCAUUCAAUGCCAUCUGUUCUUGUGUUCCAAAAUCCAAAUCAAAUAUAGAAAGCCAUUUGGUGCCUUAGGAGUGGAAUUAUAGUUCUCUUGGGUGAACACAGGCAGGAGGGCACAGAUGGUUUGUUUUAUACUUCAGUGAAAUAUGUUUCUAACUGUUUUAACCCCACGUGGCACCUGACAGGAUCUUAGACACUGUGAUGUGUUUUUAUCCAAAAUACCCUCCACUCCUUUGUAUUUGGAAGUAUUUUAACUAUAACAAUAUUUGGACUACUGUAAUGUGGAGUGAUACGAGAAACUCGUGGGAGCUUUGGCUUUGCAUGAUGCUUCGCAGCUCAGAGCGGUUCAAAUGGUACGUAAUUAGCAUGCUAUAUUGAUUGAUUUCUUUUCUUUUUUUUCUUAAAGAUUUGUGUCUUUUUUUUAAACUUUUUUUUUGGAGAGAGAAAAGAACAAUGGAAAAGAGAGAUGGAUGAGAUAUGCAACAAGUUUCCCCUGCUUGCAAUCAGACAGGUCACAAGUAAUGUAUGUGGUAUGCAACUUAACCAAUAGUGACCACACAGUGUUAUAAAUAUAUUACUGUAGCGAAGAAACCAUGUUAUUUACAUUUCUAGUUGCAAACUAUGGCUGUAUGCUCUAGAAGUUGCCUUUAGUUUCAAUGAAUGUAUAACUUACAGCCAGUUAUGUUGUAUGGCUUCCAUGACGUUUUAUGCAAUCCCAUAAAUGACAGAAAACCAAAGUAAAACUUGGCAAUUACAUGUUAAAACCUAAGCUUGUUAAGGCUUUCACAGUUCAUGGCAUAGCUAAAUGGAAUUUUGAUCCGUUUUAGCUGAUAUGUAGCAUGCUAAAGUUUACCAUGCUAGCAUGCUAAAGUUUACUGUGCUAGCAUGCUAAUGUUCCCACAAAUAUGUGAUCCUAAGGAGGUCUUAGUCUAACAAAACACUGACUUAACUGAAUGAACCUGCGUUUUACCUUCAUAUUUAACCAGUGGAGCAAGUGUCAUAUUUUUACAGGUUUGCUAACCUAAGAGAUUUUUGAAAGCUAGAUCUUUUGCUAAUAUUCCAACUAGAGCACACACGUUAUAGGUAGACAUAAGCCGUCAAUCUUGGGUUGAAUUCUCUGUCUUGUAUACCCAGGUGACUUUGUUUAAUGGUGUAAAGUUUCACCAUCAUAAAUCCAUUUCUAAAUUGUAGUUAGAGAAUCUUGCUAAUGUUUGAUAGAAAAAUAUAAAUGUUUCUAUUAUAGACAAAAUCCCUGCAGUGACCUUUAGAAAAUGCCAGUCUACUUCACAUGACUCUACUUGUAACCAGUGUAUAAUUAGAGACGCAUCAUUACGCUCAAUCAGUCUUCUGAGUACCACGGGGUUCAGAAAAGUGACAAGCAACCCGCAGGUUUAACCUCACAGGCAACACACAUACAGUAAUUAAACAGAUGUGUCUCUUGGCAAACUAAAACAACUGCUGACUUGUGAGCAGAUAAAGUUUCAGCACGACAAGCUAAUCAGGGAACUCUGGGCUUCAGGGUGACAUUCGGUUUCAGCUUGAACAGAUUCAACAGCACUUUGAUAACUGCUUUAUUGAAGGAUUUGCAAGAUUAAGAAAAUGUAAAUGGACAAUAAAUAAAGAUUACAAUUGAA